GAGCAAAUACAGUUGGACGCCAGUUGGUGGAGCCCCCGCGGGAAACAACUAAGCGCGAGGAGCGUGCGCGCUCACGUCCCGGCGACGGUGGCGGCGAGCGGCGUCAGAGCUUGAAGGGGGGGCUGACGGCUUCUGGCGGGUGGCGGUGCUGGAGGCGAGAGCUUGCUUAGCCCGUAACGCUUCUGUCCCAGGACCAGACGGAGAGUGAGGGAACGAGGGUUGCUUUCGGGGGCUGCUGCUUUCCACUUACGCAUCGUCGUGAGGAGCGCAGCCCGGACUCUCCUACUACAAGCCCUCCAGCUCCCUUUCCACACGCCUCGAGGCGGCGGCGGCGGCAACUGAGACAGCGUCUCACCUUCCCCCACCCCUUCCCCUGUCCCCCCCGCCCGAAAGGGCCCGGUCUGCGCCCCACCCCCGCCCGCCCGCCCGCUUGCUACGCCGCCGCCAUGUCGGCGCAGGCCCAGAUGCGCGCGAUGCUGGACCAGUUGAUGGGCACCUCCCGGGACGGGCCCUGGUGGUGGCAACCGCCUGUGUGCCACUGAAAAUCGUGCCGAUGCCUGGCAUACUGCAUAAAUGGAAGCAGGGUACCGCGUUCAAUGUAUCUAUGCCUGCCUACUUCAAUCUGCAAGGGAGUGUCAGAAAGGCCCCGCAUUCGCCGAGCCGAGAUACUACUCGCCAACGAAUCAAAUUCAGUGAUGACCGAGUGUGCAAGAGUCACCUUCUCAACUGUUGCCCCCAUGAUGUCCUCUCUGGAACUAGAAUGGAUCUUGGAGAGUGUCUCAAAGUCCAUGACCUGGCUUUAAGAGCAGAUUAUGAAAUUGCAUCCAAAGAACAAGAUUUUUUCUUUGAACUUGAUGCUAUGGAUCAUCUGCAGUCAUUCAUUGCAGAUUGUGAUCGAAGAACAGAAGUGGCCAAGAAAAGAUUAGCAGAAACUCAAGAAGAGAUUAGUGCUGAAGUGGCCGCAAAGGCAGAACGUGUUCAUGAAUUAAAUGAAGAAAUUGGUAAGUUGUUGGCCAAGGUGGAACAACUAGGAGCUGAGGGAAAUGUGGAAGAAUCCCAAAAAGUAAUGGAUGAAGUAGAGAAAGCACGGGCAAAGAAAAGAGAAGCAGAGGAAGUUUAUAGGAAUUCUAUGCCGGCUUCCAGUUUCCAACAACAGAAACUUCGAGUCUGUGAAGUCUGCUCUGCCUAUUUAGGUCUUCAUGAUAAUGAUAGACGACUGGCUGAUCAUUUUGGGGGUAAACUGCACCUGGGAUUUAUUGAAAUAAGAGAGAAACUUGAAGAAUUAAAGAGAGUUGUAGCUGAGAAACAAGAGAAAAGAAAUCAGGAACGCCUGAAACGAAGAGAAGAAAGAGAGAGAGAAGAAAGGGAGAAGCUGAGGAGGUCUCGAUCACAUAGCAAGAAUCCCAAAAGGUCCAGGUCCAGAGAGCAUCGCAGACACCGGUCUCGCUCCAUGUCACGGGAACGGAAGAGGAGAACUCGCUCCAAAUCUCGGGAGAAACGCCAUCGCCACAGAUCCCGCUCUAGCAGCCGAAGCCGCAGCCGUAGCCACCAGCGAAGUGGGCACAGUUCUAGAGACAGGAGCAGAGAGCGAUCCAGGAGGAGAUCCUCAAAAGAAAGAUUCAGAGACCAAGACUUAGCAUCACGUGACAGAGACAGGAAUUCAAGAGACAGAUCACCUCGUGACAGAGACCGAAAAGAUAAGAAGCGGUCCUAUGAGAGCGCUAAUGGCAGAUCAGAAGACAGGAGGAGCUCUGAAGAGCGCGAAGCAGGGGAGAUAUAAUUAGCUGUGUACAUAUCCUCAAUCCUUAAGCUUCCUAUGGAGUUACAUACUAUUGUUUAGUUUACAGCUUUUGGGGGUUACAGUGAGCAGUUCCAGACUCCAAUCCAAAUAGGCUAGAUGCACAGUAUCUAACUCGAUCUGAACUGAACUUGUUUUCCCUGAUGAAGCCUAAAACUACAUCCAUAGUUUCUGGUGAACCUGUAAUGCGAUUCUGAAAGUACAGUUUUAUAUAAUAAGAUGCCGAUAUCUUUAUUCUUUCUAGUAGGAGUGAUAGUGAACGAAUUGUGUUGCUUGCCUUGGGAAUUUUUGAACAUUUGUAAAAUGCUGUCUUCCUUUCUAGUCCACAAACAACAGCUUUCAGAAUUUUUCUUUUUAAUUCUUCUUCCUCUGACUUUUGUAUCCCCUAGUACCUCCACCCUCUAAUUAUAGGAGAAAGGGGGAGCAGGGAAGCAAUAUGACUUCUGUUCUAAGGUUCUGUUCCCAUUAUUAUGAGCUGAUUACAGAGCAUUUAUACUGGAAAGUGUGCUGGAGAAAUUUCAAUACCCGGAGUUUUUGUUUUGUUUUACAGUGCCUAUUUAGAGUUGGAAGUUGAACAGCCUGUUGCAUCACAUACUUUGCUUUUUUAUUGAAAUUUUGAAAUCCAACAUGUCUUGAUUUUUCUGUUCUAUUGAAUUGCUAUGUUCAGGAUGUUUUGAAAAGGGGGGUGGGGCAGGGACUCUUUCAUAAGCACUUGUUUUAUUUUGUGUGUGUGUGUGUGUGUGGAGUAUAAAGGCUACAACCUUAUUGUAAAAAAUAAUAAAAUGAAACAAUCACCACCACCAUCAUUAAACUGUAACUUGUCUAGUAAAUUGUCACUAGAACUA